AUGACAAAACGAAGUAAACGAAAGGCGGCAGAAACUGCACGAGAGGCGAUACGGACAAUUCUACAUACGAGUAACAAGAAGCGCAGGUCAUCAGUUCACAAGCGUAUAACGGUUCACAUCAAUGAUGCUAAUUCUAUAGUACCGGAACAAGAUGGUGUUGUGAUGGUAGCUGGACCUAAGUUACGACGAUCCAGUCAGCUAUCGAUUCAACCAGCCCCAAAACAAUCAGAGAGCAAUGACAGAAUCCAAAAUACUUUUUCAGCACCAGCCAAUGAUCCUUUUUACGAUCAAUUGAAACAACUUCCUGAUAAAUUGCUUGUUCAAUUGCCCUGUGGAAUGAUUCGUGAUGCUGCUGUACAUCUUAAAAAUGUUAACUACAAUGCUUUGGCUGGAUUUAUCAUUUUCCGGACUGAUCUUCAUCCUGUAAUUUUUCUAAUUCAUCUUCAUCUACCAUAA